AUGGCCCGAAACAUGGCUGUAAUAGCUGCAGAGAUCUUGACCAUCUUGGCUCUGAUAGUCGCCUGCAUAUUCAGCUUUGGCGGAAUGAAACCAGUUGGGGAGCUGGACACUCGUUAUCUUGCUCUGAUAGACACCUCCAACAUCACUUCCACCGUCUCCCAAGUGACCUACCACGGCCUUCCCGACUCGCACGACUUCUCCAAACACAAAGACGUCUUUGCCAUCUACCUCUACGCCUACUGCAGCGGCACCCUCGAGGACAAGAACAGCAAAGAUGAUGCCAAACGCUACAAGAUUAACUUCUGCUCGAAGCCCGGAUCCGAGCUGUUCGAUCAGUACCGGCUGUGGAAAGUCUGGGGCGUGGAUCUGGCAACGCCGAGAAAGGCGAAGAACGAAGUCGACAAGUCUAUCGGCGUAGCCGCAAUAAAGAAAAUGCCGAGAGUGAUCCUCGUCGGCUUCAAUACGGCAAUGCUGAGUCUAGGCUUGACGGUCCUAGCUGGCCUCUCAAGUUACUUCUUUAGACACUGGAGUUUAAUCACCGCAGCCGUAUUUUCGACGAUAUCCUCCAUCUCUAUUCUCACCGUCUCCAGCCUUUGCCAAUCCCUCUACCCAACCCUCAUCCACCGCACGAACGACUACACCAUAUCUUUCGGCUCCUCAAACGGCACCCUUACAUCCCGAUACAGUGCGCGUCAACUCUCGAUUCUCUGGCUGGUCUCAUGCCUCUCCACUCUCGCCAGCAUCUGCUUGAUUUUCGGCGCUCUCCGCAGCCACUAUGGUGCACGAAAUCCAAAAAACGGCCCAAGACGGUCGGGAGAGGACAAAACCGGCGGCCUAGGAGGUCUGGUUCGCAGAACAACCGACCGAUUUUUUGAUACAGUCGAUGUAAGUGGCACGUACCAGAAGCUCGGCGGCGACGGACGGGAUGCUCUUGUCAGGGCUAUAUCAAUUGGAGGCGAAAGUAGAAAGAAUAUCUCGGAGGUGGAGUUGAUUGAGCAGAAUGAAAAUGGGAGGGAUGAUGGGACGGGAGGAUCGCUUGUUCAUGGCCCGCAUCGGGGGUUGAGAGAUGAAGAGGAUACGAGAUAUGAGCCCAUGAGACACCAUUAA